CGGCCAUCCUUUGCUGAUAGUUGUGCAAAACUGACUUCAUAAAAACGUUAAAUUUUUCGUUAGAAAUGGUCAGAUUUAAGAACAGGUAUAUACUAUGUAAAUUGGAGUUUGGUAAACGUGCGAGUCUACCAGCCCUGAACCAAGAUGAAGUUUACAGAGCCAUCAGGGAUGAACUACAAAUUCUUCAUGGAGAAUAUGCAAUGGCAUGUGCAAGAAAAUAUCCCGCAUUGGCAGUGCAUUACUUAAACAAGGAAACAAACCUGGUAAUGAUCCGGUGUGCAAGAGACAUGUGCAAGAAGGUACAGUCAUCGCUGCCGUUUGUAAAGAAAUUAGGAGGAGCGGAUGUUUUCUUAAACACAAUCCAUCUUGCAGGAACGAUUCGCUCCUGCAUGAAGUUUAUUGUACGUUAUCAUAAGACAGAACUUCCGUUGAUGCUGUAUGAAUGUAAAACAGAAGAAGAGAGACUUAAGGUGCAUCAGUUAAUAGUGGCUAGCUGCAGUGACAGUGGGAAGGCUCUUGGAUUACUGGAGAGACAGUAAAUCGGAGACCUUGGAUUACUGGAGAGACAGUAAAAUGGGGACCUUGGAUUACUGGUGAGACAGUAAAGUGGGGAUCUUGGAUUACUGGAGAGACAGUAAAUCGGGGAUCUUGGAUUACUGGAGAGACAGUAAAUCGGAGACCUUGGAUUACUGGAGAGACAGUAAAAUGGGGUCCUUGGAUUACUGGAGAGACAGUAAAAUGGGGACCUUGUAUUACUGGAGAAACAGUAAAAUGAGGACCUUGGAUUACUGGAGAGACAGUAAAGUGGGGAUCUUGGGUUACUGGAGAGACAGUAAAAAGGUGCCCUUGGAUUACUGGAGAGGCAGUAAAGUGAGGACAUUGGAUUACUGGAGAGACAGUAAAGUGAGGACCUUGGAUUACUGGAGAGACAGUAAAGUGGGGAUCUUGGAUUACUGGAGAGACAGUAAAGAGGGGACGUUGGAUUACUGGAGAGACAGUAAAGUGGGGACCUUGGAUUAAUGGAGAGACAGUGAAAUGUGGUCCUUGGUUUUUCUGGAGAGAUAGUUGAAUGAAGUCCUUGGAUUACUGGAGAGACAGUGAAAUGGUUCCUUUUUAUACUCGAGAUACAAAAAUGAGGUACAUAACUACUUGUAAUUCUGGAGAGACAGUUAAAUGAGGUCCUUUUCAUACUGGAGAAACAGCGAUUUGGGGUCCUUAGAUUUUUAGAUAGACAAUGAAUGGCUUACUGAGGAUCUUUCAUGGAAAAUUAUAGAUGUCACCUUUGCUACAGAAAUUCACAUGUGCUACAUCAGUUAGACAUGUAAAGAUGUUUGCCUAAACUGAUGAACUGGUUUAAGGAAGUUAUUCCCUUGACCUUAUAGCAGAUGCAUAACAUCAGCAUUAGCAUAGCUACACCACUGGUGAUUGCAUGUAAAGACGGAGUUACAAGAGGGUGUUGGGUAAAGGUAUCUGCCUCUCACAUCUAUUAAACUUAUAUUUAGUAGUGAUAUCUUUAUACAUGUGUAAAUAAUGUAACAAAAUAGAAUUAUAGUACUUAACCUGUGUCUUGUUAAUUGCACCAAUUUAGAGUUUAAAUAAAAUCCGUACUAAAUCU